AUUGUCACGCAUAUCGAAAGGCGGGAUUCUCCCCGCUUAAAUCGGGGCACCCCUUUUCCUGUUUCUUCAAAUCUCCCUUGCUCCACAAAGAUAUAUUUUUUUUCUAGCCCAUGCCAAAUAGAAUAAACUCUGAGUCCUCAAUUCCACUGCCAAACCAACACAUUUUCUUUAUUUCCUUCUAAUUAAACCUCUCAGUAAGAUUCAUCGCUAAAUGGACGAGUCCACAUUGCAACUCAUCUCUGGAAUCGGCUCCAAACUUGGCCAACUCGCUCGCCCUAACAAAGAUGUCCUCGUCAAAUCUCUCCGUCAAGUUGCUAGUGCCUUGUCUCAAAUAGAACAGCCUUCAGUUGUUGAAGUUGCCACAAAGGCGCAAGUGUUGGGAAAAUUAGAGGCUGCCACGAAGCCUUUGAUGAAAUCUAUUGUUAAGCAUAGCCUAUCUAACCACACUGAUAAAGAUGUUAGACUUUUGGUGGCCAUUUGUGUCAGUGAAAAUUUUCGAAUCCUGGCACCUCAACCACCUUUUGCAGAUAAAUAUCUUAGGGACAUUUUUAAACUCAUUCUCAGUAUUUUCAUGGAGCUUGCUGAUACUACAAGCGCAUUCUUCUCAAGGAGGGUUAAAAUAUUGGAGACUGUUGCUCGAUGUAAAUGUUGUGUGGUUAUGCUGGAUAUUGACUGCAAUGAUUUGAUUCUUGAAAUGUUUAAUAUUUUUUUCUCAGUUGUGAGAGAUCACCAUCAACAGAGUUUAAUCAAUGAUAUUUUGUCUAUAAUGGUUCAUAUUCUAAAUGAGGAAGUGUCUGACCAGCUUAUGGAUGUAAUUUUUCGAAAUCUUAUAAAGGAGGGUAAGGAUACGACUUCCGCAGCUUCUCGGCUUGCUGCCUCUGUUAUCCAAAGUUGUGCAGAAAAGCUUCAGCCCUUUGUUUGUGGAUUUUUAACAUCUUGCUCCUUGGAUAGAGAUGCUUUAGGGAGUGAGCUCAAAGAAUUCUACCAUGAAAUUGUGUUAAAAAUUUUUCAGUGUGCUCCUGAGAUGCUUAAUGCUGUCAUCCCCAACUUGACCCAAGAAUUAAUGACUGAUCAGGUUGAUGUCCGAAUAAAAGCUGUUAAUUUAAUUGGAAAACUUCUUUCACGACUUGAAUACCGUCUUGCACAAAGAUAUCGUGCUCUUUUUGUAGAGUUUUUGAAAAGAUUUUCUGAUAAAUCUUCAGAAGUUAGAGUUACUGCUCUACAAUGUGCUAAAGCUUGUUGCUUGGCCAAUCCCUCGGGAAUAGAAUCCCUUGAACUUCUUACUGCCAUUGAAGAUCGACUGCUGGACUUUGAUGAUAAAGUGAGAAUGCAGGCAGUGAUUGUUGCCUGCGAUCUUGCUGGGUCUAACCUUAAAUAUACUUCACCCAAAUUAAUAUCUGAGGUUAUAGAGAGACUUAGGGAUAAGAAGAUAUCUGUUAGAAAGAAAGCCUUGCUGAAAGUGAUGGAAGUAUAUCGAGAUUAUUGUAACAAGUGUGCAGAAGGCCACAUCACAAUGUGUGAUCACUUUGAGCAGAUUCCAUGCAAAGUCUUGAUGCUUUGCUAUGAUAAAGAUUGCAAAGAAUUCAGGUCCCAAAACAUAGAACUUGUUAUUUCGGAAGAUUUAUUUCCGGUACUUCUUCCAGUUGAAGAGAGGACAAGACAUUGGAUCCAUUUGUUUUCUCUUUUCAGUCCUUUGCAUCUGAAGGCUCUUGGUGCCAUUUUAUCUCAGAAACAAAGGUUGCAAACUGAAAUGCGGAAUUAUUUGGUCACACAAAGGAAAGAGAAGGAGCAUAGUUCAGAGGAUAUGCAGAAGAAAUUGAAGAGUUCUUUUGUGAAAAUGUCGGCUUCAUUCCCAGAUCCAUCCAAAGCAGAAGAGUGCUUUGAAAAAUUGAGUCAAAUAAAGGAUAACCAAAUUUUUGCUUCACUUGGUCUAUUGCUUGAUGAGCUGACACUUAAAAAUGCCCUGGCCACAAGAGAUAAAUUCCUUAAAGUGAUUGGAAAUAAACAUCCACACUUUGAGUUUUUGCAGUUGCUUUCCUCAAAAUGCUUGUGUAAUAUAUUCAACUCGGAGCAUGUCUGUUGCAUUCUCAAUCUUAUUGCCAGUAGUGGAUUGGAAAGCAAUCAUUUGGAACCUUUUGCUGUUGAACUACUCCUGGUUAUCAUCAGCAAUUUCCCAUCACUCAUGAGGGGUUCAGAACUUCAGUUUCAGAUGUUGUUUGAAGAGAAAUACCUGAUUCAUGAUAAGAUCAUUCAAGUUUUAGUGAAAGCAGGACCUCAUAUCUCUGUCAAAUUCAGUGAUUUUUACCCUGUUUUGAAGAAGAUCUGUCUUGAGGGAACUCGCACUCAGUCAAAAAAUGCUGUUUCUGCAGUUGCUUCAUUAAUAGAUGUGUCUAAGCAAUAUGUUUUAUCAGAAUUGUGUGAGGAACUUGUUGAUUCUCUACAUCGUGGGCAGAAUGUUGCAACUGUUUUGCAGUCUUUGGGCUGUAUUGCUCAAUGUUCUGUUUCAGCUUUUGAAGAGCAUGAUAGAGAAAUCACACGACAUGUUUAUAAAAAGAUUUUUCAGGCAAAAUCAUUGGAUGAUCCUUCUGUCAUUGAGGAUAGCUCUGAGUGUAUUACUUGCAAAUUAAAGAUUUAUGCCCUUAAGAUGCUUGUGAAGAGUUUUCUGCCCCAUCGAGGAUCUCAAGUCAAUAAACAAAUUAAUCCAUUGUUGGGCAUUUUGUUGAAGAUGCUCCAGAAGGGUGACAUGUUUGAUGAUAUCAUCUCAUGCGCAAGAGAUGAGGCUUAUAUCAGAUUGGCUGCUGCAAAAUCUGUUCUCCAGCUUUCUAGAAGAUGGGACGUAUAUAUUUCUCCUGAUAUUUUUCGUUUCACAAUUUUGAUGGCAAAGGAUUCUUCUUCUUUUGUGAGGAGAUCAUUUCUUGAUAAAACACACAAGCUGUUGAAGGAACAUGUUAUUCCUAUAAGAUAUGCUUGUUCCUUUACUCUGGCCACUUCUGAUUCCCCCAAUGAUCUACAGCAUGAUUCAUUCAAAUAUAUGGCGGAAUUUAUCAAGGGGUACAGUAGAGAAGCUCGAAUGCGCCAAACAUCUAUCAUGCAGGGAGGGUCAAUUGUGGAUUACCCAGCAUACAUAGUGGUAUUCUUGAUCCAUCUUCUUGUGCAUGAUGCAGAUUUCCCAUCUGAAGAUUGUCAGGAUGAAGCAACAUAUGCUCAGUUUUGCCGUCCACUUCUUUUGUUCUUACAUGCAUCAAUCAACUCUAGUGUCAGUAGUGGUGAUUUGGAUCUUGUUAACGAUGCUGCUUUCUAUUUGAAUUAUAUAUUUCGUGCUAUUAAAAGAGCUAAGGAUGCUGUUGAUGCUCAGAGAACUCCUAGGCUGCACUUUCUAGCUGACAUUGGAAUUUCUGGUGUAAAUUCAUUAAAUCAAAAUGGCAUCUCCUCUUCACGCAUGCCUGGAACGAUUUUGCUUCCAUCAUCAUUAUAUAAAAUAACUCCUAUGGAAAGUGAAGAGCGUAAUUUGAAAUUUCUUAAGCAAAGUUUUGUUGAGAGGGUCGUUCACAUUUUCAAUUCUCAAGUCUCUCAGCAUGUUGAUCACUCACCUUGUGAGGCACUUGAAACGCAUAAGAAAUCUACAAGGGAGGACAUCAGAUUGGAACAUAGGCGAAGGCUUGCUGUUUCUCCAAAUGCACUGGGAUCUGAUGGAUCAUGCAAUAAGGUUAAUGAGGAGCAGGAAUAUGGUGCAGGUAUCAUUUCUGAAGCAGCUUUAGAAAAAGGUAAAAGCCGUUCUGCUGAAGCUUCCAAUGGUCGCAGAGUGAAGUUCAAUAUUCCUAUUAGUUUAAAAGAAUUGGCUAAUGCAAAUGAGGUAUUAAUUGGACAGCGGAUCAAAGUAUGGUCUACCACUGAUAGCUGUUUCUAUUCAGGCAAUGUGGAUGAUUUUAACCCUGAAAACAACAGUCACAAGAUCACAUGUGAUAGUGGGGAAGUUGAAAUAUUAUGCUUGGACAGUGAGAGCUGGGAGACAAUAAGUGACUGUUCCUUGACAGAGAGGGAGGUUGUACUUUCAGAAAAGCCAAACGCCUUGCAUUUUCAGCAAUGGCAACAGUCAAAUACAAAAUUAAAUAUGGAGGAUGGAAAAUUUCCAAGCAGAAAAGUUCUGCUGCCCGAAAAGAAAAAGAAGGAACCAGGAUUGUCCAGAGAUUCAUCAUCAGCAUCAGAAAUUAUCAACAUAGAUGAAGACGCUGCUGCAAGAAGAACUCGGAGAAGGAAAGUAUAAAUUGCAGCUGUAGUCGUUGAGAAAAAGAGCAAAUGCACUGGCCACUGGUUUCACUGACUUCUGCUUGUAAUCGCCUUUUGACGACUUUUUCUUCUCCUGCCUUUUUUUUUUUUUU